GCCAGUUAGCUCGCAGCCGUUAUACGCAUGCAAACAAAACAGUAGCGGUAGACGGUAAUUAUCCACCAGUAUUUAUUACAUUUACAAAUUAAGGGUCAACAAUGUCGUAAUAGAAAUCGUAGCUAGCGUUAGUUACACUUCUUUGUCACACAGAACCUUUUAAACAACUACAUUCCUAUUAUUACAAACUCCAUUAAAUAACUUACGUCUGUUAGCUAAGCUACCUGAAUGUAUUGAGCAUAUCGAGGUAGCCCCCUGGAUGCUGACACCCUGCAUAGGACAGCAUACGUGACACCCUGGUCCCAUCAUCUAAUGUGGUCCUCCGCAGCUCUCUAGUCCCCUCGACACUGAAGUCAUGUCCAGCCAGACGCGAGUGACGCCCUCUCUACGCUUCGGCCAGGUGGUCAUCGGACCUCCGGGCUCAGGAAAAACCACUUACUGCCAAGGGAUGCAGGAGUUCCUAACUCACCUGGGACGCAAGGUGGUGGUGGUGAACAUGGACCCCGCCAACGAGGGGCUACCGUACUCCUGUGCGGUAGAUAUCUCAGAGCUGGUCACCCUGGACGAUGUCAUGGAGGGCUUGAAACUGGGGCCCAACGGUGGACUCCUGUACUGUAUGGAGUAUGUUGAAGCAAAUCUGGACUGGUUAGAGAACAAGCUGAAACAGCACAGUGACUGUUACUUCUUGUUUGACUGCCCUGGACAAGUGGAGCUCUACACCCACCAGAGUUCAGUAAAGAAUAUAUUCUCCCAGCUGGCCAAGUGGAAUUUCAGGCUGACGGCAGUGCACCUUGUGGACUCUCAUUACUGCGCUGACGCUGCCAAGUUCAUCUCUGUGCUGUGUACCUCCCUGUCCACCAUGCUGCACGUGGAGCUUCCUCACGUCAACGUCCUCUCCAAGAUGGACUUGAUUGAGCAGUACGGCAAACUGGCCUUCAACCUUGACUUCUACACUGAGGUGAUGGACCUGACCUAUCUUCUCGAUCACCUGGCUGCAGACCCCUUCUUUAAAAAAUUCCGCCAUCUAAAUGAAAAGUUGGCAGAAGUCAUUCAAGAUUACAGCCUUGUUUCCUUUGUGCCCCUCAAUGUACAGGACAAAGAGAGCAUGAUUCAGGUCUUACGAGCAGUGGACAAAGCCAAUGGGUAUUGCUUUGGAGACCUGGAGGAGAGGAAUCUGCAGGCCAUGAUGUCAGCUGCUGUGGGGGCAGAUUUCCAGUUUGACUCUACUCUUGGAGUGCAAGAGCGGUAUGUUGAAACCAGUGGAAAGACUGUGGAGGAGGAAGUGAUGGACCUGUAAACUGAAACAGCCCAAAUAAAAGGACAAAACUGGUUGCCUUUUUAGCACCAGUAUACCAGUGGAGUCUUGGCAACAUCCAUCUCAGUUGGCCUGAAUUCUGAGCCCCACUACAAAAACAGUGGAGGGAUGGAAACUAAAUUUGGGUGCUGAAGAUCCUUCAAGGUGGCACCACCCCUCAUAAAAAUCACAAUAAGGACAACUGGAGGGAGUAAAUGCCGAGCUUUUCUACAGUUAUCAAUGGGUGUGAGUAAUUGUGUGUCUCCUGAGACAACAACAUGGAAGUCUUCAAUAAAUCUCAGAACAUUUUCUGAAAAUGUUUCACAUUGUGAAUUCCUUCUUGUUAUAUUUAUCUUCCCCAUAUUUUUGAGAACAGUUACGCUGGUGCAGGUCUGUACGGCCAUUUGUUCUGAAACAAUAAAG